AUGAGCACUUUUACUGCCACACAGGCCCCAAUUGGCCAGCAGGUUGGCAGUCUGCUGGCGACCUCGACGCCUCACACUUCCCCUCCGUCUCAUAAGCAUCGACUAAAGCACACACGCGCCACAGCCCAUGUUCCCAACCGAGCGGCACAUUUUGACACCUCCCUCUCGAUAACAGCCCGCAAGUACCUCCAGACGUACGGUCUGACUCCUCCGCGCGCAGAGAGCUAUGAAGUGCAGAAGACGAGAUGUCUGGCUCAGCUGGCCUUGAAGACGACACCCAUUGAAAAAUUCUUGUAUUUGAGCACCUUGAGGUACAACAAUGUCCACCUGUUCUACCGGUUGCUCACAGAUCAUUUUACGGAGUUGACUCCGCUGGUGUACACCCCCACGGUUGGCGAAGCCUGCCAGAGAUGGUCGGAGAUUUACCAACAGCCGGAGGGCAUGUACCUGAGUUUCGAGGACAGAGGCCAUCUUUCUGGUAUCAUUCAAAAUUGGCCACAAGGCAACGUGGAGAUCACUGUCGUGACCGACGGCUCUCGGAUCCUAGGCCUAGGAGAUCUCGGUGUUGGCGGCAUGGGUAUCCCGAUCGGCAAGCUUGCUCUGUAUACCGGCUGCGCUGGGAUCCGGCCAGAGGUUACCCUGCCGCUGACAGUGGAUUUGGGCACAAGCAACAAAGCUCUGCAGGCGGAUCCGCUCUACAUGGGCAGCCACCGAGACAAGGUGACGCCGGAGGAGGAGCGGGAGUUCCUCGAUGAACUCAUGGCUGCGUUGAAGGAGCGCUGGCCCGACAUCGUCAUUCAGUUUGAGGAUUGGAAGAAUCCGUUUCCCUCUCUAGAACGCUAUCGUCAAGAUUAUGCCAUGUUCAACGAUGACAUCCAAGGCACCGGGGCGGUCAUCAUGGGAGGUAUCAUUGGGGCCGUGAAACAAUCUGGAGUCGCGACUAGAGAUCACCGUGCCGUCUUCCUUGGUGCAGGUUCGGCCGGGGUGGGUGUGGCCAAACAGAUCGUGGACUACUUCAUACACGAAGGUAUGACAGAAGAAGAAGCAAAAUCGCGUUUCUGGCUUGUGGACAGCAAGGGACUUGUUACUCAGGACCGGGGUGACAAACUCGCCGAACACAAAACUUACUUCUCACGGACCGACAACAAUGGGCAACAGUUCCAAACUCUGGACGAGGUCAUUGAGUAUGUCAAGCCCACCAUCCUCAUGGGUCUGAGCACCAUUGGAGGGGCCUUCACUCCAGACAUCCUCCAGAAGAUGGCCACAUGGAACGAGCGACCGAUCAUCUUCGCCCUCUCCAACCCGUCUUCUAAAUCCGAAUGCACCUUCGAAGAAGCAAUCACCCAUACUGACGGCCGGGCCUUGUUUGCGUCAGGUUCCCCCUUCCAGCCGUACGCCUACAAGGACAAGAUCUACCAUCCAGGUCAGGGGAACAACAUGUAUGUCUUCCCAGGUAUCGGUCUGGGAACCAUUCUUUCGAAGGCGGUCCAAGUGACGCCUAACAUGAUCUAUGCCUCGGGCGAAGCACUGCCUACCAUGAUCACGGAAGAGGAGAAGCAAAUCUCUCUCUUUUAUCCUUGUAUCGCCCGCAUUCGGGAUGUCAGUGCGCGUGUUGCUCUGCAUGUCAUCCGCGCGGCCCAAAAGGACAAUGUUGACAGAUUGCAUCAUCUUCGCGAAAUGAAUGAUGAAAGCCUGGAAGCUUGGAUCAAGGAUAAGAUGUAUGAUCCUCACCAAGAGACCAAAGAGAUCGAGAACGAAAUCCGUGAACUUGUCGAUGACCUGGCAGCUUCUCCGAAAUUGUGA